GCUCCCAAGAAACUUCCGGCGUCCUUGUCUGUUGCGUGUUUUUCUUGCGGCGGUUCACGUUUGCUGCUGCUCGCGAAAUGUUUUCGCCACAAUUAUCAUCCGCUCUUGGACAAACACAUCGAGGGCCUUGCUGUGUUGUCCCUGGAUGCAGCCUGCGGUCUGGCACCAACCUCCUUUCGCAAGUGCGAACAUUCAGGUUUCCCAGAGAAAGCGACAGACGGGACGCCUGGAUCGCAGCAGUGCGAAGGGAUAAAUGGGUGCCUACAAAGAGCUCUCAGAUUUGUUCUGCUCAUUUCAUCCAAGGCCGGCCGUCGUCAGACCCUACCCAUCCGGACUAUGUCCCUACAAUAUUUCCGUACCGUGAUCAAGGCAACACGAACCAGAAACUUCAGCGGUACCAGCGUGGCCAAAGGAGGCGCAGUGUGCAAGCUAGCGGACCUGCAGUGGGGAGCAAAAGUGCACAGGUGCAAAUAUGUGUACCUACUGCAAGUGACCUUGCAACAUCGUCAGUAACUGACAAUAAUGUUGGCAUCGAGGAUUACACUAAAGAUUCUUGUGAAGCUGAAACAGAGACAACACUUUCUAUGGUUGAUAUAUCUGCUCUUACUUUAGAGAAUGCAGCACUAAAAGAUAAGGUUGCUUGUUUAGAAGAACAGCUGGCAUCAGCAAAGAAAAAAAAUGCGGAGCUUGAGAUGAAAAAUCAGCCAGUUCCGAUUCGGAAGAUAACUAGGGACAUUGUUAUGAAGUCUCAGAAAGCUGUUAAGUUCCACACAGGUGUCGUGUCUGCAGAAAUGUUUGCUGCAUUGCUUCAAAUGGUUCUGUCUGUCUGGAGCCCAACAACUCGAACAACCCUGGAUCCAGAGCAGCAGCUCAUUUUAGUGCUUAUGAGACUGCGUCUGGGACUUCUGACGGAAGAUCUAGCAUUUCGGUUUGGCAUUUCUGUAACUUCCGUAAGCCGCAUUUUUCAUUCGUGGCUAGAUGUCUUAGCUGAGAACUUCAAGAAGCUCUUGAUUUGGCCAUCUCGUAGAACACUGCAAUCUAGGUGCCCUGAAGCAUUCAAAGAUGCUGCAUUCGAGAAUGUCAGGGGCAUAAUUGAUUGCACAGAAAUAUUUAUCGAAAGACCCACUUCAAUGACAGCAAGGAGCCAGACAUAUUCCAACUACAAACAUCACAACACAGUCAAGCUUCUUGUGGUGAUUGCCCCAUCAGGAUCAAUCACGUUCGUUUCUAAAGCAUGGGGCGGGAGGGUCUCUGACAAAGAGCUGACGCAACGCAGCGGACUGCUUGAAUUGGUAGAAGAAGGGGACGUGUUCCUUGUAGACAGAGGAUUCAGAUGUGAGGAAAUGUUUGGUGCUCGAGGUGCAAGCCUGCUGAUGCCUUCAUUGACUAAGAAGCGAGCACAACUUCCUGGGGCUGAGGUCACCACAUCAAGAAAAAUUUCCAGUGUCCGCAUACAUGUCGAGCGAUCAAUUCAGAGGCUGAAAUCAUUUAGGCUGUUUCACAUGAUCCUCCCUGUGAACUUUAUAAAAAGAUCUGGGGAUGUAGGCUAUGCCACCAUUGACAAGUUGGCAAUUGUGUGUAGUGGCCUGGUGAAUCUCCAAACACCUAUCAUCAACACGAACCAUGAAGACCUCGCUGUAUGUAACUGA